CGCACUGUUCCCUUCCGCAAGCGCGGGAGUCUCGGUUUACGGGCAGCGCCGUAGUCACUGGCUUGCUUUCGCGGGCCCGCUUGGCCUUUGGUGGUAUGGCUUCCCGCGUGGGGCCAGCAGGCGGCCGCGGCGGAGGGGCUGCCGCCACCCGGGGCUGUCUGUAGGAGGGGUGCAGGGGUCCCCUGGGUCGCUGGAGCCUUCUCUUUCCCCCGUCGCAGCCGCGGUGCCUAACCGAGAGGAUGAGCUCGGCCUGGGACACCGAUUUCGAGAAGCAGCAUCUCUGGAUGUACCUGCAGGCGCUGGGCUUGGAUGCGAGCGCGGGCGUCACCGUCGGCGGGAAGAUGGUGUCUCACGCGCACCUCGGAGAGAACAUGUUUGACAAACUGAACCGUGAUGCCUUUUAUAUAGUUUCUUAUUUUUUGUUUCAAACGCUGGAUGAAACUCUUGCCAAAGAAGUUUUCAGAGAUUGCUGGCCUCCAUUUAACCAAAAACAUGACACGGAAUUCCGGAAGCAUUGCUGUGAAUGGUUAAGAGAGAUUUCUGCUGAAUGUGGAAGUGGUUUUCCCCAAGUUGUUGGCUCCCUGUUUCUUUCUCCUGGUGGUCCUAAGUUUAUUCAUCUGAUGUAUCAUUUUGCAAGAUAUGUUGCAAUCAAAUAUAUUAAAACAAAAUCUAAUGAUGCUCUACGUUUUGCAGAAACAUUUAAUGCAAAGCCACAAGAUAUGCACACGUGCCUUGCCAGAUGCCAUGUAGCACGUAACAGAUUUUUACAAAUUUUGCAAAGAGAACAUUAUGUUAUUCAAAAAUACCAGGAAAAUGCACAUCUGUCUAUUAAGCAAGUACGAAAUUUGAGAUCAGAAUGCGUGGUCCUACAAAACCAAAUUAAAAGAAUGGACCCCUGUGAUGAUCAGAGUAAUAUACAAGAGAAAAUUCAAAAGGUUCGGUCUUUGUGGACUUCAGUGAAUGAGACACUCAUGUUUUUGGAAAAGGAGAGAGAAGUUGUUAGUUCAGUCUUCAGUCUAGUUAACCAGUGUGCUUUGGAUGGAACUAAUGUUGCUGUUAAUAUUCCAAGGCUCUUACUUGACAGAAUCGAGGAGCAGAUAUGCCAGUUGCAGAUGGGAAAUGUUUAUGAGGCUGGAAAAUUGAACCUCUUAACAAUUAUUCAGUUGUUAAAUGAAGUCUUGAAAGUAAUGAAAUAUGAACAUUCUAAGACUGACCAAGCAAGAUUGACAAUAGACCUUCAUUACCUUGAAAAAGAAACCAAAUUUCAGAGGGAAAGACUGUCAGAUAUGAAACACAUGAGGCAUAAAAUAAAAGAGAACGUCGCUGCAAUAAGACAGUCUAUCCUUGAAAAGGAAGGAAAAUGCCGUAAGAAGUGGAAAGAAUUUCUUGGUCUGUCUCCUUUCAGUCUAAUUAAAGGCGGGGCUUCAGCUGUGGAUCUUUUGCCCCCCAUGUCUCCCCUUUCGUUUGAUCCUGUGUCAGAGGAAGUACAUGGAAAGAGUACACUUCUAAAGUAUCCUGCUUUACUUCCAGAUACACAUAAAGAACAUAACCAAGAAAAUGGUAGCAGAAGAGAAGCCGAUACCCUGGGAGGUGUGUGUGAUCUAGCCAACAGCCCUGUGCCUUUCUCCUUACAGUGUGCUUCGUCAUCAGAUGCAAACAGUUCCACACUACUUGAAAAGGAUCCAAAUAUGAGAACUCCCAAAGAGAAAAACACGAUGAGUUUUAAGAAAGUGCCAAACUCUGACAUGGAAGACUCUCCUUUAUUAGAUAUUGCAAAGAAUACACAAACUAGUGUAUUCAGCGGAUCUCUGCCAUUGAAAAAGAGUGAUCUGUUCCAGAGAGAGCAAGACCAUCUGGUAGAAGAGGUUGCCAGAGCAGUUCUGUCUGAUUCACCACAGUUCUCUGAAGGAAAAGAAGUAAAAUUGGAGGAGCUAAUUGAUACUCUAGUUUCUAAUCCUUUCUUACCUAGGAAACAAAUUCCCCGAACUCCAGAAAAUUUGAUAACUGAAGUUAGGAAUUCAUGGAGGAAAGCUGUUGAAACUGAAGAUAACAGAAGUUCAGAAGGGAUUCUAGUAGAUGUCAAAGCUAGAGAAGUGUCGCCAGAGUCUUCACCUGUACCAAAUAACCAGAGGGAACUAAGCAUGGCUCUUUUUUCCUCUGAUUUUGAUCAAUCCUAUAUGCCUGAAGAAAAAGCUGUCCCAGACCAGCUCAGAAGUGUGCCUCAGAAGCCUCUGGUGACAAGUCAGAUCGGCGACCUCACAACAGAAGAUGGGUCAGACUUGGGAAAUAAGAGAAUGUUUUGUGAGCAGGAUUUAGAGUGUGUGACCACCAGGCUUUCAGAAACUGGACAAAUGGAGGCGUUUUCCCUUGCUGUGGACAGAGGACUAGAUAUGGUGGGUGUAAGAGAAGAGGACUCUGUUGGAAAAUCUGACCAUUCACAAGCUUCUCGCAGUGAAUCGUCCACACGUAAAACUCUGUUCUGGGACUCUUUUCAGAGGUUGAGUGGCAUUGGAAUAUUACACGAAACUCUUCCAGAAGAAGUUGGUCACCUAAGUCUUGAUAGCUGUAUUACUUCAGAGACCAGUUUUAGACUGGAACCAAAUAGUUCUGUGCACAGUGAUGCUUUUCCAGAUGAUGUUGGAAAAAGACAAACCACUCCAGAAGUGGAUUCCAGUUUUCAGGCUAUUCUCAGUAGUUACGGGGCACUGAAGAAAUCCCUUAACAAAUUAAGGCAAGAAUCUCACCUGUCUAAUUCCAUGACACUUAAACAAGAUAAAGUAGAAUUGAGUCCUGUAGCCAAAGACAUACAAGCGAAUGAUACACAUACUUUUUUGGGCACUCAAGAUUUGUUUUACACAAAGCCAUCUUCCCACAUGUUCUUUGAUGAAAGAACACAGUCUGUAUCACCACUGACUAAAGUUUCUCUGCUGGAGCAAAAAUUGAGAACUACGUUACCGAGUAGUCUCAGGGAAUUUCUGCCUAACUUAAAAGAAGAAGAAAUCUCAAGUAAGAACCCUGAAGCAAGAGAACCUCUGAUUUGACAAGAUGAAGCUGUUUCCAGUUAAUUUAGCUGUGAUGCACUUAAACUGAAGCCUUGCCAUUCAACUGCAGCUGAUCUAGACACACCAUUGGAAGUAUAAUAAUCUUUUUCCAAGGUCAAAGAACUUACGAAUGCACUUUGGCAUCUUGUAAUGCCAUUAGGUGUUUAGGUCUUUUUUGAUAAAUAUAUGAGGUUGAACUGUGAAGUAUUUAGAAAUAGCAAAGGUCAAGUUGUGGGAAACCAUUUUGAUUCCUAGAAUAAUCUUGUAACAUAAGUUAUGGCAAAUAUCAUAGUUAUGUUAAAAUAUCAGUUAUUAACAUAUGGGCAAGUGUGUAAUCUAAUAACCACUGAAUAGCCUCAUUUUUCAUUUUAGAGAAAUAAACCAAUGUGUUGGAUCUUUAGAGUUUGUGAAAUUGUAAACAGGCCUAAUGAAUUAAUUCCAAGUAUAUUGAUCCUGCAGAACGAUGUAGAUGGGAUUAAGCUCAUGUGAGAAGACAAGACAGAAUGAAUUUGAGAAGAGCGUGGGAGAGCUAGGUGAUGAGACAUUUAAAGAACACUAUCAAAUUGUAUUAUUUCAUUUACAUGGAUCGAGAAUUUAACCCUAGUUUAUAUUUAACAAAAUUAUAAAUGAAAAAUUCACAAAUCUGUUUUACUGUUGUCUGUGGGUGACAUGGGACCGGUAUUGUUUUGGGGAAAGCAACAAGUUAUAUGUUACUGAUCAGAAUCUAUUAAAGUUUCCUAGUGCCUACAGUAUAUCCAAAAAUAAUUUGAGAAAAGUGAACGUGGAUUUAAGUAAUUGUAACAUUUGUACAUUUUGCCUUAUUGCCAAGACUUCUUGCCCAGAAAUGGGUAUGUUUAUAACAUCUAAGGAAUGAGUACAUGGGCUUGAAUAAAUGUGACUAGAAGAGGCACUGAAAGGUUGAUUUAUCUGUCCCCAAGUCCUCUAGAGAACGAGGGAGGAGAAAGGUUGGAGGAAAGAGCACUGGAAGUAGGAGGGCAGGUUGUCAGAAGGCCAUGGGAAGCUCCUCAGUGGCAGUGGAUAGAAAGAGAGGACAGGUUCCAAAGGUGCUGGGUUUCACUAACUCAGCAGAGGGACUGUACGUAUGGUCUACUGGGAAACCAUUCUGUUGUCUGUUUUAGAGAUAGACUCAUAUCUAAAUUCUGAGUAGCGUAUUAGGUAAGAGGAGUGACUGUCAGACAAGCAUCUGUCGUGGCACAGUCAAAGCUGAGUAUUUAAUAUGCAUGUUUAUUUAACCUUCAUAAUUGAGAUAGCAGGUGCAUCUAGCCUGCGGGUAAUGAAGCUAUGGAGAAUAAAAGGCUGGAGUGGAAUGCGGGGAUCAUCUGAGAUGCCUUUUUAAGAUGCUUGUCUAUGAGAGGGCCUAGAAAUCCCAUCUCAGGUAUGCUUCCCUGCUAAUUUACAAGUUAGGAAGGAGAGCCCCACCCUGGAUUAGCCACAAACCACACCCAAACACCUGUUUUCACAGAGAGGUCCUUUACUAAGUGGGGAAGAAACGUUAAAGUGGCUGCCUUCUCACUCAGGCAGAAAAACAGCAGCAAAUGACCUUGCAGGUGCCAUUUUUAAGAGGAGGAAAAGGGGAGGUCAGUAUAAGAAUGGGCUAGGAUACAGUGCUAAAGGAGAUAGGGUACAGGGGAGAAGGGGAAGGGACAAGGGACAUUUGUCCCAAAGGGUUAGGAUUGCCUCUUGGUGGAGAGGAGACAGACGUGGCAUAUAAGCAGAUGGCAGUUUAUAAAGUUAUGGGGGGAACCCUGUGUUAGGAUGGGGUGUUUAAUUUUAAUUGGACGUUAAUUAGGUGAACCAAAGGGGGCUUUUCAUUGCUGGAUUUAAUUCUUUGAUAGCUGGACCUUGGUAGUCAGCCUCAGGAGGAGGAAGUAGCCAAUUAGGAAAUAGACCUUGGUGGCUAGCUUUAGGGAUGUAAUUAUCCUGUUUUUAGCAAGGAGGAGGGAAUGGGAGAGUCCCAUGAAAAGUGGGCUAGUGUCUCUUCAGGUUCAAUGCUGCUAAGAGGUUGUGAUUCAUAUUAGCCCUCAGGUACUGUAAGAAGUGAUAUGUGAUCUGUGGGUAUUGCCCUAGGAGCCCUUCAGUGACUGAAAUUUACCUGUGUUCUGCUGAGUGUUCCUGCCAUGUUUAUUUCCUGUUUACAGCACCAUAAACAAAAUCUCUCCAUGUAAUUUCUCCAAAACUGACUAUAACUUAAUGCUUUUGGCGCCUUCCCAUCCCUUAUCUCUUGAAGUUCCCUUUGAAGAUAAAGAAUGUCUUUGAUCAUGUCCUUGCUUAGAAGCCCAUUGAUGGUUCGUUGUAAUUCUAGAAUAGGGUUUUAAUUUAAAGAUAGCUCUCCUACUUAGAAUCCCCUUUCUCCCUUCCCCUGGGAUCUUUUAGUGUGCUUACCUUGCCCUUGUAGCUCAUCUCAUUUCUUUAAUUAUUUUGACUUGAAAAAUUUAAUAACCUUUAAUCAUACCAGUUAGAGUUACUUUUUAAAUUUUGUUUUCAUGUGUGUUGAUAUUUGCCUGCGUGUCUUGUCUGUGUACCACUUCAGUGUCUGGUCUCCAUGGAGGCCUGCAGAGGGAGUGCGAUCCCUUGAGACUUGAGUUACAGGUUGGUGUUAGCUUCCAUGUAGGUGCUGGGACUUGAACCUGGAUGCCCGGAAUGAAGACCUAAUACUUGUGAAUUAGGAGGCAUCUCUCAAGCCCUUUUAAGCUCAGAACAGCACUUAAAUCCUUUAUAAACACCUUUAAUCUGUGCACUUGGGAGGCACACACAGGUGGAUCUCUGAGUUCAAAGCCAGCCUGGUCCACAUAGUGAGUUCCAGGACAGCCAGAACUGCACAGUGAGACCUUUGUCUGGAGAACAAACAAAGCUCAGAACAAACCACACUUUCCAUCUUGAAGUCUUAAAUCUGUUCUCCCUAGAACAUGGUCUUGUCUUUUCUGAAGUGUAUUGUUUAACUUUUGCUGUUUGUUUUGGUGUGUGUGUAAGAGAGAGGGAGGAGGGAUUUUGCUGUUUUGUUCAGGUUAGCUCACAGCAAGCUUCCUGCCUCAGCCUCCCAAGUUCGGGAACUACAGAUGUUUGCCUAGCUUUCACUUAGGGUCUUCACUGGAUACCUCCCCCAAAGUGUGUGUGAUCUCUGAUCACAGCAGCUGAUGCAAACUUAGAUACCUACCUUCUUACCUCUGUAGAUGACUGUGGGGUAUGGGUAUGCAUGUGCAUACAAACACACAUAAACAAGACACACUUAUCCCAAGGGUGACAUGUCAUUGGUGCAGAUACUGCAGUACUGGAAUUUUGUGUGCCUACAUGACAGAAUAAAAGGUAAAUAAGUAAGUAGUUUUUUUCUUUGGUUACAUGAAGUGUACCUUGUUUUCUUCACAAAGAUUAAAAGCUGUGCAAAUGGACUUCUACAUUAAGUAAAACUUUAGAUGCAAGUAUGUCCCAAUUAUUACUGUGGGGGUGGGAUCAAACCUAUGAGUGCAAAGAAUGCACUCUCAGUCCCUGAAAAUAAAAUGUUUAAAUAGGGCAAGUUGCUGAGCAUGAAAAAUGUUACCAAGUGGGAUAAAGAAUAGUUUCAGAAGUUAAAGAAGAUUUGGAGGGCAGAGAUUAAGCUGAACUGAAUAUACUAAACAGGCAGUUUUGAAACCUUUACUUUUCUUAGUUAUAAGGUAUGACAUCUAUUUUAUGUAAAGUAUAAACAGGAAUUCUUAAGACCUGUAUAGAAGCAAAGUAUUGUUUCCCUAGUGCAAUGUGUUCAAGACCUUUUGUUUAAUGUGUGAGGACAGUGUAAAGUGCAGUUUCUUUAUGCACUGAGAGCUGGUGAGUCUAUACUCUUAAGUGGAAAAUGUCUAUUAGUCCUAUUUAUAAGUGUGUUCUACAUACUACUGUCUAGAAUAAAUAUUCAGUGUUUUA